AUGGCGUUUACUGAACAAAUUGAAAUCCUGCGGAGGGAGAUUAGGGGCAUGGAGGAAUUUUUCGGGGGCCUGUCCGUUGAAGCAGUCGAGGAAAACUCCAGACUGACCAUCCUGCAAUGGACAAAGAGAUUGUGUGAGCGGGCCGAAACCAUGAUCAAGAAUCAUGAAGAUGGCAUCAAAGCUCAACAAGUGGCUGCCCUAGAGACUGAGCUGCAAGUCUCUGAGAGUGCAAAGGCCCGGCUUCGCUCGGAACUUGACAGGCUCCAAAGGACGUUUGACACUCGUCUGCAGGACCAAGUCAAGGCAGAGACCGAGGCGAUCCAGGCAAGGCUGACGGAGCGCAUGGAGAAGCAGUUUGACAGCCGCCUCAUUGCACUCGCGACAGAGGUUCGUCGGGCAGAUGCCGAGGCGUCCCCUUGCCAGAUUGAGCGCGAGAAGCGCCUCGACGAGAAGGAAGAGCGCCUCAACGAAAAGGAGAGGAGGUUGGCGGAGCAAGGGGCAGCAUUGACUGUCCGCGAAACCUCGCUUCAGGAGACGCGCGACGACGUCAAUCGUCGAUCGCGGGAGCUGGUAGCUGGUCGUCAAGACCAGCUCGACAGGGUCCAAACCGUGCUGGACACCGAGCUCUCAGCCAUAAAGUCGAGACUUGAGAGUCUUGACAAGGCGGUGGCCAAAAAUGGAGAUGUCUGCAAGCUGCAAGAGACUCUCAACGAGCAGCGGGCAGCUCUUGGAGGUUUACCCUCAAGGAGUGACGUCGAGUCUGCCGUCUCGGGGCUCCCUGUAUUGCAGAGCCUGGUCGGAGCGGCGUCAGGUCUUCAGUCGGCCGCAACGAGCCAACAAGACCGGCUGGGGGAGCUGUUGUUGUCUAAAAGGGAGACGCUGGCUCUCCUGAAUGACGCAGUCGACGCCGUCGAGACCAAAGUCGGGCUGGUCCACGAAGCGGUCGAGGAUCACGACAAAGCUGUCAGUCUCCAAUUCUCGGCUGUUGGUGAUUCCGUGGACGGCAUCGGGCGUCGUCUCGAUGUCGAGGGUGGCCUUGCUGGACAGCAGGCUAUUGACCGGCUGAAGGACGGCAUUGACGGCAUCGGGCGUCGUCUUGAAGUCGAGGGUGGUCUUGCUGGACAGCAGGCCGUCGACCAGCUAAAAGACGACGUCGCCGGCCUGUCGAGGGUUGCUCGCCGCCUUCCGACGGCAUCGCGCGUGACGAGGUCUCUGGGAGAGCUCAAGGGCUCACCCGAUAACCAAGACGGCUUUAUUACCUACGACGUCUUUGUUGGGUUUGCCCGAGACUUGGCCUCGGAGCUCUGCGCAAAGAUUCCGCAGGGGUCGACGCUGCUGUCGGAAGAGCAGGUCCAUGCCAUUGUGAGCAGCGUCGUCUCUGGUCUGGCUACAGUGUCGGAUCUGGAGUCGUGCGGGCUGCUGGACGCAGCCCACGAUCGUGUGCAGAGGCGUGACAUUACAGACCUGACUGCACAGGUCUCGCAGGCCAUUGCCUGCCACGACGCAGCCCUGGGCCAGCUGCGUCAGACGGCCUCGGACCAAGGCCUGCGGAGGUUUGAUUUCCUGAAUCUCGCUUCCAAGGUCGGUUCCAUCCGCGCAGACCUUUCCCAGAGGUCCGACGUCGCGGAACUGAAAAGCAUCGUGUUGCAAAACAACGAAGCCCGGGACUCAGAAUGCCAGGCGCAGGCAGCGGAAUUGGCAAAGCUGUCCGCCAAGGUUGAUGGUGUCGACAGCAAGUUGGCAAACACAAACCUGGCCGAAAAGGCCGAUCUUGUCGAGUUGACCGACACGGUGCGACAGGCCGACUCUGCCCGAGACAAGCUCGUGCAGAACGAGGACAUUGCGGUUCUCGGCGACAAGGUCGAAGCCAUGAGCGCAUGGCUGAUGGAUUCAGACUAUCCAAAAGGCGCUGAAGUUGCGAGACUGGCGACCAGAAUCCUGAGCCAAGACGCCGACCGAGAGAUUGCGUCUCAAGAGGUGUGCCAGGCAGUCUCUGCAAUGUCGGAGAGUCUUGCUCAACACCUCGAGGUGCUGACAAACUGGCGGGGAACGGCAACCCCAGACAGUUUGCAGACGGCGCUCGGAGAGCUUUCCGAGACUAUCACGUCGAUCAAGCAGCAGAUUGACGGCACCUCGGAGGCGGUUGACCAGAUUUCCAGUGAUCUGGGCAAGCUCGGCGGCCCGACGCCCCCUUCGACUACGGAGGUGGGCAAACCACAAUGGCUGCACAAGUACCAGAGUCUGCGAUUCUGGGACAGUACAAUCGAUAGGCUUUUGACCAGUCUAGCCAUUCUCAACGUGGUUGGGGCUGAAAACCUAGAACCAAAGGAGGUGUGUCAAUUGUUGCUAGAUACUCUGCAACCCGACAACCUCUACUUGGCAAUGCGCUUGGUUGACUCGGGACCAAGGGAAGAUUGGUUCUGUUUCCGAGGAAUCUGUAACGGCGAGGAAAUCGAGCCGGAGAAUGGCCAGUGUCCCAUUCAUGGGGACUGCAUUCUCGUCAAGCGCACCUAUUUCGAUAAUGAAAUGGGGGAGCCCGAGAUCGGCUUGAAGUUCCGCAAGGUACGCAAAGCCGUGUAG